AUGCAUACUCGAAGUAGGCGUGUGUCUCGGUGCCUAUUCGGCAAACCAGAUCAUGAAGAGUUGGAAAAAUGGCUGACGAAAGAACUUGAAGCUAUUCAAAUAGAGCGGGAGAAAGGAUAUGGCUUUGAUUUUAAAAAUGACCAGCCUUUUCCAAGCACUGCAUACAUCGUCGAAGCAGUUCCUGAAAACGAGGUACCAUUUUUUUACCGAACAACUUAUUAUCCAUCAAAGGAGCACAGUAAGAAACGAACGGUCGAUUUCACGGAGCAGAAACUUGAAGGAAAUGGCGAUGUGGUCGCCUAUCACACGCGAAGUCGUAAUGCAGCUGCUGCGAAAUUGAACAUAACUGUUCCGAAGGUUUCGAAAGGUGGUGUUAAAGUUAUAGCACAGUCUCGAGAUACUAAGGUCCAGCGACCAGCACUACUGAAAACACGUAGUGUUCGCAAGAUUUCACGAAAAUCUGUUUUGCGCAAAAAAUCGAUGAAACAGUCUCUGUUGACCAAUUACUUACCGGUUGUGAAGAAACGGCGUUCGCUUACUCGGUCGGAAUGCAGUGAGACAUCGAAGUUACCUGAUGACAUUCAUGUAGAAAUGGAUUGUUUGGGCACUAAAGUCCUCAACUCUAGCAGUUCCGGUGUUAAAACUCGUUGGCAGAGUCGAAGAUGUGAAGAUCCAUCCUCGAGAAGCUUGCGUUCUGCAUUUUAA